AUGCCUGACUAUCGUGCAAUACUACGUGAUGCGCUUUCUCCACGGCUAGAGCGCGACCUUACGCUACUGCCGUCGGUGUGCCUUUCGGAUAUUCCCGAAGAAGGACCCUUCGGUCGAGUAAUCCGUGAACCGUCGGUUGCGGAGACGCGUACGCUCUUUGAUCAUGGUAUCCGAGAGCUGUGUAAUGGCGGUUACGCCCUGUUGAUCCUUUCCGGGGGACUCGCAACGCGUCUGGGUGCUAAGUUACCAAAGGCGGCGCUACCAAUAUCACCAGUUCAAGGCAAGACUCUCAUACAACUUCAUUUAGAACGGGUGAGGCGCCUGGAGGCGUUGAUGAAACCGGGAACCCCAAAUCUACCAGUGUUCAUCAUGACCUCCAGGUUUAACCAUGAUGCCAUUGCUAGUUAUCUCAAGUCCUUAAACUAUUGCGACCUUCAUGAAGGCCAGGUAGUAUUAUUUAUGCAGGAUACUGCGCCGUAUCUACAAUUUAACGGGCAUGAUUUUUUUCCUACGUCCUUAGAUGGCAGCACUGUGGCCGAGGCACCCAAGGGUAACGGAGAUGUGUUCAAUGCGCUGUCCCGAUGCUCAGAGUUCAUGGAUCAUUUGAAAUGUAUGCGCAUGUUGCAUGUUAUAGCUAUAGACAACGCAUUGUCUCGACCACUGGACCCCGAACUUCUGGGAUUGGCUUUGAGGUUUCCCGGUAUAGAGGUGUUGAACAAAUGUGUAGUGCGCCGAAGGGGGGAAAACGUUGGUGUCUUCUGCUUGGGCAAAGUGCCAUGUGUCGUAGAGUAUAGCGAAUUGGAGAAGUUGCCAGAUGCAUCAUUUCUCAACGGAUCGUCCACAGUAUAUGGUAACAUGUGCGACCAUCUAUUUUCUGGCGAGUUUCUCCGGCGUAUAAUCGAUGAACGUCUUUUCGAGUUGCUACCAUACCAUGCAGCCAAAAAGGCUCUCAUGAGUAGCAACGCGACGGGUCAACCCGCUGAAUCUAACGGAUAUUCGCUAGAGCUCUUCAUCUUCGAUGUGUUCCAGUUUGCUUCAAGGUUGCUAUGCGUAGAGGUAAACCGUGACAUGCAGUUCGCACCUGUAAAGUACCGUGCGGACUGUGACAUGUCCAACCUUCUUUCGGUCCAGCAUCGAAUGAACAAUGUGGCAAGACAGUGGCUGGAGUCAGCAGGUGCCAUCUUAGGUGAUGGCUUCUUCGAGAUAUCGCCCUCUGUGAGUUACUGUGGUGAAGGGUUAGAGCGCUACUCUGGUAUGCACCUCGAAGGUACACUAUACAUCGAAUAG